AUGAUUCCAUUUAAUCCACACCCAUCCAACGCACCUGCGUACCGUAAUUAUCCCGUCAAGUGGAGUUCACUCACUCAUCUUGUACAAUCUCGCCGCAAUUCUACAACCGAAUUGGCGCGUAACGCUAACCAUCGGCGCUCACAGUCGACGUCUGCACUGCCGACCGGUAUUGUUUCCGACCAUAAGAGACGUGAUAGCGUAGGCUACGAAGAGAGGUGUUCGCGAAAAUCCUCACUUAGCAGUUUGGUGGAACUAAAACGAUAUUUGCCUGCAAUUGUGCAAAAAUCAAUUCCCAGUUCAAAUAUGGGACAAGGUAAUAAAGUGGUACUGCUUUUGCUAAAAAUUACUAGAAGUUUCAUACUUUUAUACAAUCAAUAAUCCUAAUUUUCUGAACAUUUUUAAUCUACAAUUUAUGUUGUGAAGCUUUUAAAGAAAUUUUUGUGCAUUUAUUUACAUUAAAAAUUUAAACUGUGAUGUUAAAGUAUAUUUAACAAGAUGAAACAAAACGUAUUGGCAGUCAAUAGGCGAACAUUACCGCAUAGAAUUGUUUUAAUUUUUCCAGAUGUGAUUUUUUACUUAUUAAACUUCAGCCGCAAAAUAUUCUGAUAUAAAUAUUUCGUUUUUAUAAUUAUUAUGUUAAAAAAUUGUAUAGAUAAAAUUUAAUGCACAUAGAAUUGAUUUUAAAAAGCAAAAGGCUACUUUUCAGCCGUUUUCUAUGUGCUGCUUUCUCUCACAUUUUUUCCGAGCUUCGGCUUUGAAAAUGGACAAACCAAGCAAUUCUUUAUUUGUUUUUAGGCCAGCUAUAGUCAAAAGGAUGACGUAUAGAAAGAAUUUAGCUGCAACGGCUUAUUCUUUAUUAUUAAAUCAUGUUCCUGUACUAAAGGUUUUUUGACUGCACCAGGGAUUUUAUAACAAAGCUUACUAUAACUGUAAUUUUAUUCAAUCAUUAUUUUUUCAAAAAUAAGUAGCUUUUUUAAGUCAUACUGAAAUACCUUUUGUUAAAAGUGUAUUGCGAAAAACAGCUCAAGUUUCCAUCUUGAAAAAAAUUAUAAAACACCUUUGUUAAAAAACAAUGUUAUCGUUAGCUUUGCAUUAUUUUCGUACAACGCCCAUAGGCGUCCUCAAAACAAGUGAAAAAUUAACUAAAAACACUAAAACAGCAAGAGUAUUUUUUUAACGUAGCCACUGGCUCUUUCUUCGUUUUUUUAUUCUGCUUUACUUAAAAGUUUCUCAUUUUUAGUAGUAAUACUUUUGCCUUUGUAACUGUGGUUUUGUAAAACCUAGCGCAGUCGAAAUAAAAGUAAGUAUAAAACUUAGGUUUAAGUUUAAAACCUAUUAUUUUUUAGCUCUACUAGUUUUUUAUUUGCACGGUAUUAAAACAGUUUCUACUGCUGCUCUCCCUGUUUUGCGCGCUUUUUUUUGGGUGGCGAUUUGCUCGCCAGAGUGGUCGGUUGGUCCCGGAAUGACCGCACGAAGAGCGCGUAACGAAGACGGAAUACAUGGAAGGGAAGGCUCGAUUUGUCUUCCCUCCGUUUUCCUCUUCUCUUCUCUUUCUCCCUCUCUUCUGUGCGUUUUGAAGCAGAAAAGGGCUUAACUCAGACCCAGGCAUUUGGACUUUUACGGAGCCAAAAAAAAGAAAAUUUUUCUUCGUUUUUUGCAAGGAUGGGCCAACGCAUUUUUACUAUUUUUAAUGCCCUACACAAUGGGUUUCGUAUUCCCAAAUUGCGGUGUUAUGGCUAAAAUGGAAUGUAAAGGGAAAGACUAAGAAUUAAAUUUUUAGUUUUAAAUUAAUUCUGCUCAACGUUUGUUUUUAUCUGUAUUUUAAAAAAAUUUACAUUAGUUUAGCUUGUUUCGUAAUCUACAAAACAAACGAGGUUGCGUUGUAGUGUGUGUUAAAAAUUUAAAAUUCUUUCUUUUCAUGAAAGAAUUUUAAAUCAUGAAAUUUGUUACUGAGCAAAACAUUAAGACACCUGUUUAAUGUAAAAUAAGUUCAUAGAUUUAUUCAUACCACCUUUAACACCUGUAUUUGAUCACAAAAACAGCUGGAUUUUAGAAAUAUUGUAGUUUUAUACUUUUGAGUACACAAAGCUUUUUGUAAAUUUGUGCAAAAUGGUUUUAAAAAAAAGUUUUAUCUAGCUUAUCGGUGAAAGUUUUAGCAAAUUAAUUUAUUAAACUGAAAAAAAUAUGAGAAAAUAAGCCUGACGGAUACGCACGGUUUACUUUGCUAUUUCAUCGCGACCUUGAUUAUAAUUUCACUACCUUAUAGCAAUAACCAUUUUUCUUCGUUUAAGAAAAGUGGGGUUAAGAACAGAGUCUUUUCUCGUUUUUCUUCCUCAAAUGUUUUUUAAGGUUGAUCGAAGUUGACAGUUUUUUUUUUUAAAUUUCCUUUUAUACAAAAAUAACCAUUUUAAUGUUUCAUGAAUAUACGGUUUUCAUUUUUAUAAAAUUUAAAAAGUUACACUUUAUAGUUUUUUACAUUACUAAAUAAGAAAAAACAAAUAAUGACUAUACCGAUGGAGGUUGUUUUCAAAAGCGGAAAAAUCGAUUGGCUCAAAUUUUAUUAAUACUUACGUUUUUUGUGAAUAAGUUAAAUGUUUAAUUACGGGUUAAUUUACAGAAAUUAUUGUAUUUGUGGCAAAGUUAAAAUGUUCUGUGACGUCUGUGCUUAAUAUUCUUUUUUAACUAAAAAUUUGAAUUUGCUUUAUGAUAUGAUUGAUUUUAGCUUCGCAAUCUGGUGGUAAGCGUGACCCACAACGCUACGAUCAAAGCGCAAAACAGCGCAUCAAACGUGUUAAGGAAGUACCUUGUCCGACUGAAACAUCAGUGUCUCAUCGUUUUGAAAAACAAGGUUAGGAGUAUAAAUUUUAUAGAUUAUAAUAUAAUUUUUUUAGUACUUAACGUAUAUUUUUAUAAAUAUGUAAUAAAAUGAUAAUUUUUAGCACGCAAAUCUUCUAUUUCGCAUUGCCCGACAAUUCAAAACUCAAAUGUAUCUACUUUGUCAAAAAGCAUAGGGAAUGAGCCUGUGCACAAAUACAACCGGCCAACACUGCCUAAGCCUUUACUUUCUAGCAAAGAAGAAGAAAUUAAGCUUGUUCACCGACAAAUUCAAGCUGUGCAAAGUUUGGAUCAAGAACUACGCCGUGUCACAGGCGUUUCGCCUGAAUUUGUAACUGAAGGUCAGCCAGUAGAUUUAGUUGAUUGUGAUAGGACACGUGAAGAAGCUGUAAGCGCUACUACACCGUCAACUUCUUCAAAAGCACAAAAAGUAGUGGAAAUAACCAAAGAAACAGAUAGCGGUUCUCCAAAAAUACCGCAUUUGCCCUCAGGUGCGACUUCAACUGCGCAACACGCUUUUAACACGUACUGCUUCUCUAUUCUUUUUCAUUACUUGUUUUUGUUUCAGUGCCAAGUCCUCCAAAAAAGAAACGAUCGUUCAACUUAUUUUUGAGUCACGUUUUUCACCGUCGGCUUUCACAUCAACCGACCAGUCAACCAGACAAGACACAGAGUAUGUGUUUAAUAUCAUGAAAAGUACUUUUAAGGUUUUAUUAGUUUAUAUAUGAUUUUACGUCGUAUCCACAAACGGAACGAUUAUACAAUUCUCGUUUGUUAUAUUUUUUUGUUGAGCUUAAACAAAAAUUGUUUAAUUCCUGCCACUGCUUUUUCACGGGCAUGAAUGCCGUCAAUGAAAGCGGUUAAGUAAACGAACUGUGCACGUAAAGUUAAGAGAAUUAAAAGGCAGGAAUUUGGCACUCUUUGCGAAUUUCAUAAAAACGCUUAAUACAUCUUAAUUUUUUUAAACUUAAAAAUUUAGAUAUUCUUUGA